GCCUUGUAGUAACGCAAAUUUUCACUCGCGUGAUAAAAAAGUUGGUCGAGACAUCACCUGGUAGUUCUGAAGUUUAGAAACUUUGGAUUCAAAAAAAUUUUUUCUUUGUGAUCGAAGCACUUAUUUUUUGCUUGGGAGAAAGACAAAUUAAUUGAUCGGUUAACUUUCAUGUCAGUUUUGCGUUUGCCUUUAUUGCUUGCUUUAUUGUACUCUGCCAUAUACUUUGGUGUUGUAUCUGGGAUAAAUAUGUCUUGUCCCACGGAGGAAAUUUGUUCUGCUCUAAGAAACGAGUUGGAUCAACUUCAGGACUUUGAUGACUGCAAGUCUUUUUAUGAAACUGGAAUAUGCUCCCUUUUAUGCUUGCAGAGUUUAGAGGAAAUCCGACAAAGGAACUCGAGUCUAUGGCACAUAUGUUCUUCCAAUUGCUGGUCUGUGGCGUUUGUCGAAUUUUCGACAACACUUUAUGAUAUCUGUCGUGAACAACACGGGUUCAGAAGAGAAUCCGUCUCAAAUAGUCUUAUGUCAUCGUUGCUUUAUUUUUGCAAGAGGAUUUGCUUGACCGUCACUAUCUACUUUUUGAUGAGUUUUACAUGGAAUACCACAUAUCAUUGGUUUCGUCAAAAACCUUUGGUUUCGUGUAGUCAAAGAAGAGAUAUCGAAAGUCAAAAUUAUAUAUCGAGAGGUUCAAGAAGACACCUUUUCAGUCUUCUAAGGAGACAAAGUAGUAGAAAUUUCUAGCUCGAAAUACAAAGAGAAAAAUGACCAAACAACACUAUUAGUUUGCAUGUAUAAAACGAUCAUUCUCUAC